AUCUUUGUUGUAUCUUGUAUUGAAAUUGUGUUAUUUUAAGAUUUCUCUACAUUUUAUCUUCUGUUUUAAUGUAUUUAUAGCUGUAAAAUGGCCAUGAGUUUUGGUUCUAAUUUUACACGAGCCGAUAUCAGAUCAUUGUGUCGGACAUGCCUCUCCAAAGACUGUGGACUACAUUCCAUUUACGAUGUUUCAAUCUGGUCGACCAGCCUGGAAGACAUUCUCACGACUAUUACUGGAAUUCGGCACUGGGUUUAUUGGGAUUAUGGUUUGGAUUACUGAUUCUGAUUUAUUCGAUUCUUUGCCCGUGCAUAUGGUUCACCGACUCCCAGCCUAUAUCACCCCCUGAGAGUGAAACGGAGGAUAAUGAUGUGAUCCAGCCAAACGAUAACAUGCCACAAUCUAUUUGCGAUGUUUGUAAGGAGAAGGCAGAAAAUGCUUAUGAUUUUAAGAGGAAAUCGCAGGAAUCUGAUGCUGCCCUCCAAAACCUUGUUAAGAGUAACGAAGACUCAUUUGCAUGUGACGUGAAACCCAACCUUAAGAUGAAAGUGAAAGAAGAAGCAUUAGAUGAUCCAGAAGCCGCUUACGAUGACAUGGACUUUUCAACCUUGGGACAUGACGAUGAUGAUGACGAUAAUGAUGAAGCCACCAAGGAGUCACGUUUAGACCCAAUUAAAAAGGAAGAACCGAUGGAUACCAUAUGCAAUAUUCCUCUGCAGUGCGAUAUUUGUACGAAGUUUUUUAAAUCCGAAAAAGCUUUGAAGGACCACCUGAGUAUAUGUCUAAGAGUGGAAUGCAAGACGGCCGAGGCGUCGUACUGCCCCAUCUGCGGGGUUUGCUACACCAGCGCCCGGGUGCUGACGCGGCACAUGCACGCCAGCCACGCCGGCCUGGUGGGGCCGAGGCGGCGCGGGCGGCCCAGCAAACCCUCCGUCACUGAUUCUAUACUGGACGAUCUCACCAAAAAAGGUCUCUUUGUAAAAAUACUGAAGCCUUUUGGUUGUCUAUUUUGCGAUGAAAAGUUCAAAUUAAAAGAAGACGUAGCAGCCCAUUUAAAAGAUCACAAAGAUACCAAAGUAUUUAAAUGCACGGGAUGCAAGAGAAUGUAUUUAAAGUUAACAGAUUUCGAAGAACACUCAUGCAUUGAAGAUGAUAAGAAUGAGGAAACGAAGCCACUCGUUGAAUUAAUAAAGAUGAAGGAAUCUACAGAUGACGCGGAGGUGAAGCCGAAAGUACUCGAGGAAGUUCCCCUGCACACUCUAGUGAACGCCAAGUGUGCACCUGGAACCCUGCUACUGCCAACUCCAUGUGAGCAUUGUAAAGAGGUGCUGUUCUCUGAUGACGACCUGCAAGCGCACGUAGACAACUGCCAUCCGCACAAGUCCAAGAAGUGUACCAUCUGCAAUAAGCAAUUCUGCUCACUGAAGACGGCGGCUAAACACCGGUUGAACUGCAAGCCCGUGGAGCGGUCCUACUCGUGCCCUACCUGCGGAGAUAAAUUCGCAUACGAGAUCACCCUCAACAAACACAUAUUAAAAACACACAAAGGCCAAAGUAUCAAGGUCAUGUUCAUAGACACCAAUACGAAACUGGAACUGAACUACGAGUGUGAUACGUGUCAGAGAGUAUUCCACAAUAAACAGUCGUUGAUAAAGCACACGAAAUUGCACAUGCCGCAUUUGGAGAAGUCGUAUGAGUGCGACGUUUGUCAGAAGAGAUUCAGCAGGAAAGAUAACAUGAAGUCGCACCGCCGAGUACACUCGCCGCGCCGCGUGGUGAAGACCAACACGUGUCUGUGUCUGUACUGCGGCCGCUCGUUCAACAACUCGUCCAACCUGAUCGUGCACAUGCGCCGCCACACCGGCGAGAAGCCGUACAAGUGUGACUUCUGCGGGAAAGGGUUCCCCAGAUCGUCUGACCUGCAGUGCCACCGACGUUCUCAUACCGGAGAGAAACCAUGCGUGUGCAAAGUUUGCAACAAAGCGUUCUCUCGCAGCAACAAGCUGUCCCGUCACAUGCGCAUCCACACCGGCGUGAAGCCGUACAAGUGCACUUACUGCGAGAAAGCAUUCUCCCAGAGCAACGACUUGACGUUGCACGUGCGACGUCACACGGGCGACAAGCCGUACAUCUGUGACGUGUGCGGCGACCGGUUCAUUCAGGGCACGGCGCUGGCGAGUCACCGCCGCGCUCACGGGCACUUCCCGAACAGUUCCCUAGCACCGGACCCCGCCUCCGCGCCCGCGCCCUUCGCCCCCGCGCCCCCCGCCACCGCCGACCAUCUGCAGAUCAUCAACGUCACUAGUGACAAGCUACUGCGAUAGAUGGCGUUGUUAGUUGUAACGGCUCUCACGUGAGUAUUCUAAACUGUUUGUAAUUUGUGUAAAGAGCUCCUUUUUGGGUGGAUAUACAUUUUAGUGUCACUCUGUGAAAUUAUUAUAUUUAGAGAUACACGGUUGUGUUAUGAGUUUGUCAUAUGGAGGGUGGUAAAUACGCGUUAUGUAAACAAAUAAGUGCCCGUUGAAUAAGUACAAAGGAAAUGUUGAAAAUGUUAACGGCUGAAAUUUUUGACGAUAAGUAGCUGUUAUUCGUGUAUGUCUGGGUUCUAUCUUGUGCGGGUAAUAAGUCAUGGUACAUAUAUAUUAUUAGGUAGGUAUAUCAGUUGUAUUAUGUUAGAAGUGAAACAUGAAAUAUUGAGUAUUUCUUCAAGAUUACUAAAUGAUAUCUUGUAAAGACAUAUUUAUAAUGAAUGUAUAAGUAAUACAUAUUUUUUUAUUCCAAAAACCUGAUUUUUUAAUAUGGUUGUUUUAUUACGAUAUCGCUUGGUUUUAAAAGGAAAAUAAAUGAAAUUGCCAGCACAGAUUUUUAUCUAUCGCCUAAGUUUUAAUUUGACUU